GUAAUUUCAGACGGGGUCCUUUCACACUCAGGCACAGAGAGCAGGUUGUUGGACGCGAUCCUGUCUGCUGUCUGACAGUAUUAUUAACCAAAAUGUACUAUAAGGUCAGCGGAGUCACUGGCAAGUUAACGGGAGCCACAGCAGCGUCCGCCUACAGCCCGCAGGGGCUGAAGGCCACAGUUCCCUCUCAAGCUCCUCCCAUGAUCUUUGCGGUACCAACCAAGGUGGUUUCAGAGACCGGCUCCGUGGCACACUACAUGGGAAUCAACAAAGUUCCUGAGCUGCAGAAGAUUUUCCAGAAAUCUGAUGGAGCACCGGUUCACCUGAAGCGUGGAGUCAUGGACAAGAUGCUGUAUAGGACCACGAUGGGCUUGACGAUCGGCGGCACCCUCUACUGUUUAAUGGCUCUCUAUAUUGCUGCCCAGCCCCGAAAACCACAGUGACAUGCUCUGCCUGUGGCCUGUGUAAUUCUUAAAAAUAUUGUAAUUAUUAUGGUUGGAGUGAUGACAGAUUUUUGUCAUUUUGCUCUAAAAGACUGACAUAAUUGUUUUAUUUACACCAGUAUUUUGAUUUCACUCACUGGUUAAACAAGUUUAUUUCAUAUGUACAUUUAUUAUACAAGACUUUAUUGUAUCUGGUUCGGUCAGUCAUUGUUCUCGCGGGGCCAUCUGAUGAGCUCUCUUUCUAGACAGUGAUUUGCCUUGACGGUCUCUUUUUUUUUUCUUUUUUUGACAAUCAGGGAUGUUAAUAAUGCACACACUGAUGUACUGGCCUAUUCGCGUCACCUCAUAUCUUUUGAGUAAAUGACAGCAAGCUUGUCAGCCUGUAAAUGAAGUCCUUGCGAUUUGUAUCUAGCAGAAUAAAUCUAUUUUGUU